AUGUCAUGCACCGUACUGAUGGUCGCCGAGAAGCCUUCGCUCGCCGAGGCCAUAACGAAAAUUUUGGCACCAAAUGGUCAGUUUUACACUCGUAAAUCGAUCACCCCGGUUCAUGAAUACAAUGCCGAAUUCCGUGGAUCUCCUAGUAAAUUCAAAUUUACUUCUGUAACAGGGCAUGUGUACAGCUUGGACUUUACACAAAAGCAUAACAAUUGGGACAUCGAUCCGAUACUACUAUUUGAUGCGCCAACUUUAAAAAAAGAAGCUUCAAAGGCAAACAUUUGCAAACACCUUCAACAAGAAUCAAAGAGCGUCGAUUACGUUGUGCUUUGGUUGGAUUGUGAUCGUGAGGGAGAAAAUAUCUGUUUUGAAGUUAUCGACAAUGUACGCGAUCGAAUGAAAAAAAUUUCUGGGCAAUCGGAAGAUAGUCGAAUUUUGCGUGCAAAGUUUUCUGCUAUCACGGCAAUUGACAUUCGUAAAGCUAUGAAUAAUCUGGUAUAUCCAAAUAAGAAUGAGGCAUUAGCGGUUGAUGCUCGUCAAGAGUUAGAUCUAAAAAUUGGUUGCGCGUUCACAAGAUUUCAGACUAGGUUCUUUCAGGGGAAAUAUGGAAACCUGGACUCUAGCGUAAUAUCUUAUGGUCCUUGUCAAACACCUACACUCUCGUUCUGUGUCUCUC